UUGAAAUUGUCCUCAAAAAAUAGUUUUGAAAAAUCCCAUUCUUAGUGUUUUUAUAAUUCUGGAACUCCCUAUUUGCAAAAUUGAAUCAACAGAGAGUACGUGAAAGAGAAGUGAAGAGAAAGGGGGAAGGGGAUGAGAUAAAAGCAAGCAACUUUCCAAGAAUGGGAAUAUAAAGAGGUUACGUUUCCCGUUUCCCGUUUCCCAUUCCCAUUCCUGGGUCAAGCAUUAUCGUCGCGUGGGGCUAAAAGCCUUGAGAACGUGUGUCCCUUUGGAGAGAAAAAACGAAUCCCUGCAAAACAAACAAGAAACCCCCCAAAAAAAAAGGGAAAAAAACUUGACAUAACUGAAGAUGUGCUGCGACGGAGAUUGCAGGCCCUUGGGGUUUCUAUUAGGCCUUCCCUUCGCUUUCCUCUCUCUCCUCAUCUCCAUCAUCGGCGUCGUCAUCUGGAUCGUCGGGUUGUUGUUGACGUGCAUAUGCCCCUGUUGCUUGUGCGUGACGGUACUAGUAGAGCUUGCGCUGGAGCUGAUCAAGGCCCCCAUUCAUGUGAUGGAGUGGUUCACAUCUCAGAUCCCUUGUUAGCCUUUUUCCUUCUCCCUUCUUUUCUCUUCUUCAUUUUGAUAUUGCCUCCUCCUAAUUUUCAUCUGUUUCUCUGAUUCUCCCCUGUACAAUCGUUAUAUCUAUGUAUGUAUGGAUGAUUUCCCUCAAAUCUCCACUCCUGUAUUUCAAAUCCUAAGAAAAGUAGAUGGAAUUUGAUUUGUUCCAAUCUCCUGAUCUGUGUGAAUGAAUAUUGGGCUUGUUUCA